AUGGUCAAAGAAGAGGCUAUCUACCGCUCAGCGGCCAUGACUUACGUCCAGUUGUAUAUUCCACGGGAAACUUCACGGGAAGUGGUAUGUCUUCUGGGCAAUUUGGGUCUUUUGAUGGUGAGAGACUUGAAUUCGGACGUUACUGAAUUCCAAAGAGGCUACGUCAAUCAAUUGAGAAAGUUAGAAGUGAUGAUGCGGUCUCUCCAAUAUUUGCGAGAGACCAUGGACCAGCACUCUGAGGUUAACAAUUGGCAUCUAAACGACGGAACGUAUACCCAAAACGAUGUACUAAUAAGAAAUUUAGAAACGCAUUCUUUGGAUUCUAUCAAUGAGAUACUGGGGGACAUUGAUAUUGUGGAGAACAGAGUGAAACAAUUGGAUCAUUCUUUGAAAGAUUUACAAGUAAGGCUAAAUGGUCUCAUCGAAACAAGAUACGUUAUGUUCAAAUGCUCCCGGUUCAUGGAGGUCAAUCCAGGAUUCGUCGGAAGGAUAUCGCGGGAUUACACUGAACAGCACGGAUUGGAUGCGGAUGAUUUCAGCUUUGACAACCUGGGACAAGCUAGUGAUCAUUUGAGCGAGGAGUUUUCCUUUGAUGAUCCCACGACAGAACCCGAUAGCAAUUCGCUACGUAACGAAAACCCAACUAUCCCUCAUCACGAGCAUGCAGAAUUCGACCUAUUGGAACAAGGUCUUCAUAAUCAGUUUAUGACUGUGGGCUCCAUCAGAAGAGACAAAGUUGAUGUCUUGAAUAGAAUUCUUUUCAGAUUACUACGUGGUAACAUAUAUUUCCAAAACUUCCCCAUUGAACAACCUUUGCUGGAAAAUAACGAGCUAGUCGAAAAGGAUUGUUUCCUAAUAUUUACACAUGGUGAAACGUUACUUACUAAAGUGAAGAAGGUGGUAGAAUCAUUAAACGGUGUAGUGGUACCCCUCGACAAAAAUCAAUCUGAGUUUCUCAAAACUUUAAACGACCAAAUUUCUGAUUUGGAACAAGUAUCAAUGACGACAGAGCAAGCGCUACAUACCGAACUAUUGGUGGUGAACGACCAGUUUUCAAUGUGGGACGCUAUAGUGAAACGAGAAAAGGCAAUAUACUCCACGUUGAAUCUGUUUAGAGCUGAAGCACAAGGUCUGGUUGCAGAAGGCUGGAUCCCCACGAGUGACCUACUAGACUUUUCAACCUCACUCAAGGAUUUUAUGGAAGUCCUAGGCUCUGAGUCAAGUGCAGUUGUCACUGUUAUUCACACGAACAAAUCACCUCCAACCUUCCAUCGUACAAACAAAUUCACAUCCGCUUUUCAGUCAAUUGUUGACGCCUAUGGGAUAGCCACAUACCAGGAGAUCAAUCCAGGUCUGGCAACGAUCGUCACAUUCCCCUUCAUGUUUGCCAUCAUGUUUGGUGACGCCGGCCAUGGAUUCAUCCUUUUUGCCGUUGCCCUUUACAUGAUCCUUAGGGAAAGGACCUUUGAUAGAAUGAAAAGAGACGAGAUUUUUGAUAUGGCUUACACCGGAAGAUAUGUUCUGGUGUUAAUGGGAGCAUUUUCAAUUUACACGGGGAUAUUAUACAACGAUAUUUUUUCCAAAUCGAUGAACCUUUUCAAGUCCGGUUGGGAAUGGCCCUCUGGGUUCAAAGCGGGUGAGAGUAUUGAGGCGCAGAAAACUUCCGUCUAUCCGUUAGGUUUGGACUUUGCGUGGCAUGGUACUGAAAACGGGCUAAUUUUUUCAAACUCCUACAAAAUGAAGCUAUCUAUUUUGAUGGGUUUUGCACAUAUGACUUACUCCCUGAUGUUUUCUUACGUUAAUUAUAGAAAUAAGAGAUCGAUGGUGGAGAUUAUUGGGAACUUCAUACCGAGUUUGCUCUUCAUGCAAUCGAUUUUCGGUUACCUGUCUUGGGCUAUUAUAUUUAAGUGGUCAAAAGACUGGAACAAAGAUGGGAAACCCGCUCCGGGACUACUGAAUAUGCUAAUCAACAUGUUUCUGGCACCAGGGAAGAUAGAUUAUGAGCUGUAUCCUCACCAGGCGUUGCUGCAAAAGUUUUUGUUGCUGGUGGCGCUAAUAAGUGUCCCAUGGCUUCUGCUAUACAAGCCUUUGGUUUUGAGACGGAUGAACAACAAGGCCACAGGGAGAGGUUACCAAAGCAUCCACGAGCAGCAGGCUAGUGAAGCCUUACUGGACACGCAGAGGGACUCUACGGACAUGGAAGGUACGAUGGUGAUUACAGACUUUGAAAAUUCAGAAAACGGCGAAUCAACGGAGUUUAACUUCGGUGAUGUUAUGAUUCACCAAGUAAUUCACACCAUUGAGUUUUGUUUGAAUUGUAUUUCCCACACGGCGUCUUACUUGCGUUUAUGGGCUCUAUCUUUAGCGCAUGCACAGUUGUCCACCGUUCUAUGGGCAAUGACGAUCCAAAACGCUUUCUCGUCAAGCAACCCGGGGUCCCCAUUGGCAGUCGCCAAAGUUGUGUUCCUAUUCGGUAUGUGGUUCAUUUUGACCGUUUGCAUUCUAGUUUGUAUGGAGGGUACCUCGGCGAUGUUGCACGCGCUCCGUCUACAUUGGGUGGAGGCCAUGUCCAAGUAUUUCGAGGGUGAGGGCUACGCAUACGAGCCCUUCGCUUUCAAGACUCUGGCAGAAGGAGGCGAAUGA